AUGGCAUCGGCAGAGGGAACCAUGAAUGCGCUGCGAUUCCACGGUCAGAAUGACCUGCGAUACGAGAGGAUCCCGAUACCUCCAGUGAAGCCAGGACAAGUCAAAGUGAAGCCCGCAUGGGUUGGAAUCUGCGGAUCUGGUGGACCAAACCUCUGCCCGACCACGCCCCAUCCAAUCACCGGCGAAACAGUCCCACUUACCUUUGGGCACGAGUUCAGUGGAACCGUCGAAGAGGUUGGCGAGGGCGUAACAGACUACAAGCCGGGCGAUCGAGUCGCGAUCCAGCCCAUCAUCUACGACGACACGUGCGGAGCAUGUGAAGACGGACUACAAAACUGCUGCUGGUCUAACGGUUUCAUCGGUCUGUCCGGCUGGGGCGGUGGACUAGCAGAGCACAUCGUCGUCCCAACCUCGACUCUGUACCGCCUCCCAGACAACGUGCCACUUGAAAUCGGUGCUCUUGUCGAACCUCUUGCGGUUGGCUGGCACGCCGUCAAGGUCAGUCCGUUCAAAAAGGGCGAUGCCGCCCUCGUCCUCGGCGGCGGCCCCAUUGGCAUCGCCACCAUCCUCGCCCUGAAAGCAAACGGCUGUGACAAGAUCAUCGUCUCCGAAGUCAGCAAGAAGAGACAGGAGUUCGGCCGGAAAUUCGGCGCACACUACAUCAUCAACCCCACACACGAGGACCUGCCCAAGCGCUGCCGCGAACUCACAGGCGGCAAAGGCGUCCACGUCGUCUACGACUGUGCGGGCGUCCAGGCCGCGCUCAACCAAGCCGUGCACGCGACCCGGCCCCGCGGCUGCAUCGUCAACAUUGCCAUCUGGGAGAAACCAUGCACCAUCCAGACCAACGACUUCAACUUCAAGGAGCGAAGCUACAUGGGCAUCGCCACGUAUGCCGUCGGCGACUUCCAGGAGGUGAUUGAUGCGCUGAGCAGGGGCGACAUGGAUCCAAAGGAUAUGAUUACCCAGAAAAUCGCGCUGACAGAGGUCGAGGAAAAGGGCUUCAAGAGCCUGAUCAACGACAAGGAUAACCAGGUUAAGAUCUUGGUUGAGGUCGGCGGCGGGACAUGA